GGUGAGUCGAGCGGAUUAUACGUCAAUCCUGCCGAUAUCACAUCAUCCUCGGGCUUCGAUCAAGGUCAUUUCGAUCUUCGGGAUGACUACAAUGGCGGAACCAACACCAACCCUACCGUUAUGUAUUCACCCUCGGGCGUCAGUCAACGUCAAGGUCGGGGUCAGCCUGUUACGGUUACCCCAAUCGACCCUGCUCUCCUUGGGCUGGACCCCGCGCAAGAACGCCAGUACCUCAAUGACAUCCUCAACCACUUCAGCAGCCCAGUCACCCCUCUCCGAGUCAUAGACAGAGUCAACUUUCCCUUUGAACAACAACUUCAAUCGGCACUUGAAGAACAAUUGCAACGCGAGAAACAGCAAGACUUUGUCGCUGCACUUCAAAAUGGCAUGGCAUCGCCUGCUCCAGCACCAUCACUUUCUCCAAGACGGAUUGCUCGCGUGAAGAAAGCAGGCAACAAACGCCCAGACAACAUCAGAAACUUCAACCCAGCAGAGUUCUAUGAACCUCUUCAGUGUCGACCUGCUUCUUGGGGCUCCAUCAACUCUGUCACUGGCGACCAACUGUUCCAGUACACCGAACAUGGCGAGCUCAACCCGCUUUACUCUUUCACGGUGGGCCAGAUCGUCGAGUAUAUCGGGAAGCACCCUCUCCACAACCACCGCGAUCCCAAGAAAUCUGGACUCAAGCUUUGGGUCCAAACUGUUCCCGCCGACAGCGGACGCCGCUAUCCCGAUAAGAUGUCCGACAAAUGUCGCUUUACCGACUGCCCUGACCAUUUGCGCACUAUCCGUAAGGGUGAAUUCCGUAUAUGCUUCGAGGAGCACUCUACCAAGCGAAAGACAGAUCCCUUCCACAAUGCGGGAUACGUCCACCUCUACUGCAUUGAAAAGUUUCUCGACUUUCCUCAACUCUGCAAGGAGUUCAACGUUCUCCCAGAUACGCGUGUUUUCCGCGAAAGGAAGAACAGGAUGGCUAUCACACGCGACCAUGAGAGCAUGGCAGGAAUAGUGCGAGAUUUCAUCGGAUACUCUAAACCUUGGCAACAGUUCACACCCGCCCGACCAGAGGAAGUCUAUGGACAACGGCCGGCGGAAUACUACCAGUACACUCUGAGCUCCGCCCUCACUCACGAGCACCUGGAGAAGCAACCAAAGCAUCUCCAGAAAAUCCGAGAGAUGCGAGAAGGCAAUAGUAUUGACAUCCACAAGAAUAAUCUCGACAAGCGCGUUGACAACGCCAAGAGACUCAAGGAGAACAAAAUGCUGGGCCUGGUUGCACCUAAGCCAAAGGUGCAGAAAAGAAAGGCCGAGGUAGAGAACGACGACAACAUCAUUGCCUCCAGCCCCUGCCCUAAGAGACAAAGAAAGGAGAGCGCUGGCUCAUCUUCAAGCCCCAAGAGCCGAAGAAAACAGAACAUAAUCACGAGUCGGGUCACUAAGAAACGCAGAACUAGAAGCACAGCCUCGAAUCCUAGCCCCAAGAAGAUCAACCAUGAGGACGCUGACUUCGUACCCCUCAGCCCAAAGAAGCGCAAGCAAUCGGAGUCUGACUCGGUUCCGGAGCCCGAGCCAAAGAGACGAAGAAGUCCCAGAAGCCCCAAAACGUCCACGAGCAUCAGCUGGACUGAUAAUUUCCACCUUCCUGGGCUGCCCUUCUGAGCGUGCUCAAGUUGGAAAUGAAAGACAUUUUUUAUUGCACUUAGCGUUGCAUAGCAUAUAGUCCC